GGGCGUUCAUUAUAUACUUUUACAGCUUUCGGCUUUAGUUAGUAUAGGUACUUAGUUUUAUGUUGAACACGAUGGGUGUUUUUAAAGUGGCCUUAUUUUAUACAUGCGUGGUAUUUUUUCUAGGGAGCAGUCAAAACAGUGAAGGAUGCAAUAAUGAUUUAACUGGUUCAUCUGCUGCUGUAAGACUCUCAAAUGAUUUGUUUUGCUCUUACGAUAGAAACGUAAGACCUGUAAUGAACCAAUCGUCUCAGACGUCUGUCGAGACCAAAUUUUACAUUUUCAAUGUUCAUAUGAACGAAAAAUGGGACAUUUUACAAAUGAGUAUUCAAUUAAUCAUGGAAUGGAAAGAUGAAUUUUUAGUUUGGGAUUCUUCAAAAUAUGACAAUAUUGAAAAGGUGUAUGAAGAAUCAUCCCAUAUUUGGUUACCUGAUAUUAUGUCAUAUGAUAUGGGAUUCAAUGGUGAUGAUAAUAGAGAUUUUUCUUACUUUUUACCCUCAAGUAUGGUGAAAAUAUCUAAUAAAGGACUGGUUAAAUAUAAUCACCGUAUAACUCUAAAUGCUCAAUGUUCAACCAAUAUAGCUAAAUGGCCGUUUGAUUCCCAUAACUGCACUUUUCUCAUAGGAUCUCCUGUAUAUACCAACACAUACGUAAACUAUACAUUUUCAGAUGGAUAUUAUGAUAUGGAUUAUUAUAAACCUGAUAGAGAAUGGGAAGUUAAAACUAUACAUCAAGAGUGUAUGAAUAUAAGAUAUUCAAAUUCAAAUUCAAAUUCUUCUUUUCAUUGCAUCCUACAAUACGAAAUAAAUGUUGCCCGAUUCUCAUCCAUGUACUAUUCGUCCAUUAUAAUUCCGGCAAUUGUGAUAUCAUUGAUGAGAACGUUUACGUUUUUAAUGGGACGUGAAUCCACCCAUCGAUUAAUUUUAUUAUGCUUAAUUUUCAUUUCCGAAUUUCUGUACAUACAAUUCUUGGACACGAAAUUACCAAAUAAUGGCAAACAAACUGUACUCAUAGUUCUAUUGUACCGCAACUCACUAAUUUUAACAGCAGUAGCAAUUAUUAUAACUGUUAUUAGUAAUGAAAUGUAUAAACAUAGUACUGAAGAUUUUCCUCGUAAUGGUCCUGAAUGGCUCAAGUCUGUAUCGACAUUUCUUUUAAAUAAAAGACCAAUUUCUAUGCUAACUAAUUUUAACACCCAGGGAGCAGAACUUUUAAUUGAAAAAAACGUGGAAGAGGAGACUCCCAAUACUCAGAGAGACGAAAAUGCUUUAUUUUGGAAAACACUGGCCAUCUUAUUAGAUCGUUUAUCGUUUAUAAUAACUUUGGUAAUUUCAUUGAUAAAUUUAUGGUUUUUGAUACCCUAAUUAGAUUUACUUGUGAAUUAAAAAAAAAACAAUGAUAACUUUAAUUUAAUUUAUAUUUUAAUUUGUAAAAGUAUAGGUAUAAUGGA